AUGCUCGCAAAGUACCACGCCAACAGCGACAAGCAGGACGAGUUGGUUCUUUUCGAGCUCCCGGAGAUCAAGGAAGCGAUCGACACCGAGGGUAGUGCAGUCCAAGGUGUCUCGUACGUGAGCUUCUUCAAGACCCCUGGAAACCGCCACCGCCUCGCCAUUCUAAUCAUGGUUGGCUUCUUCUCCCAGUGGGUGGGCAACGGUAUCAUCUCGUACUACCUCGGGCCCAUCCUCGAGUCGGGCUUCAACGGCUGCCUCCAGAUCUGGAACUGGUUCCUCGCCAUCGGAGGUUCGCUCUGCGUGGAGCGCUUGGGGCGCAGGAAGCUUUGGCUCACGUCUGCCAUCGGCAUGUUCGUCUCCUUCUCCAUCAUCAUGGGAUGCUCAGCCGCAUACUCUGACUACGGCCUGACCAAAGCCAGCCCCGCCGUCGUGGUGCGUGUACGCCGAAGGUGGUAG